ACUCCGCGCCUAACGCGCCUCCAUGUGCGCCUGCGCAAGCUCUGGCGCAUGCGCUGGGUGGGACGCUCUUCAUUGAAAACUAUGGCGUGGGUUCCUGCGGAGUCUGCGGUGGAGGAGUUGAUGCCACGGCUUUUGCCGGUGGAGCCCUGCGACUUGACGGAAAGUUUCGAUCCCAGCGUACCUCCUAGCACUCCCCAGGAAUACCUGAGGCGGGUCCAGAUCGAAGCAGCUCAAUGUCCAGAUGUUGUGGUAGCUCAAAUUGACCCAAAGAAGUUGAAAAGGAAGCAAAGUGUGAAUAUUUCUCUUUCAGGAUGCCAGCCUGCCCCGGAAGGAUUCUCCCCCACUCUUCAGUGGCAACAGCAGCAAGUGGCACAGUUUUCAACUGUUCGGCAGAGUAUGAACAGACAUAGAAGUCACUGGAAAUCACAACAGUUGGAUAGUAAUGUGACCAUGCCAAAAUUUAGAGAUGAAGAAGGCUGGAAAAAAUUUUGUCUAGGUGAAAGGUUAUGUGCUGAAGGUGCUGUUGGACCAGCUGCAAGUGAAAGUCCUGGAAUCGAUUAUGUACAAAUUGGUUUUCCUCCCUUGCUUAGUAUUGUUAGCAGAAUGAAUCAGUCAACGGUAACUAGUGUCUUGGAAUAUCUGAAUAAUUGGUUUGGAGAAAGAGACUUUACUCCAGAAUUGGGAAGAUGGCUUUAUGCUUUAUUGGCUUGUCUUGAAAAACCUUUACUACCGGAGGCUCAUUCACUGAUUCGGCAGCUUGCAAGAAGGUGCUCUGAAGUGAGGCUUUUGGUGGACAGCAAAGAUGAUGAAAGGGUUCCUGCUUUGAAUUUAUUAAUCUGCUUGGUUAGCAGGUAUUUUGACCAGCGUGACUUAGCUGAUGAGCCAUCUUGAUGUAGCUGAUCUCUCAGAGAUAGAAGAUACUUGUGAUGAAGACAGCCUGAGUCUGAGGAAGUGCACUGCCAGUUCAAGUGCAGAUUGCCUCACAUUUUCAGCACCCUGUGAAGAGUCUUCAACUUAACCUGUGCAACUCAGGUUGAUCUUAGAAGAUAGGUUGUAUUAUUUUGAAUAUCUGAGGUAUCUUUGAAAGAUCUUACCCAGUUUUUAAUGAAUAAGCAGUUUUCUGUAAUCACGUGCUUUUAGAGCAAAAGUAAAAGAUAUUGAUGAAGCAUCCUACACAGAACCUGUAUGGUAAACUUGUACAGAGGUCUUUGGUGCUGUUUUGUUAUUUACAUAUAUACAUAUAAAAUUUUAUUGAAAAUAUGUUUUGGUUACUAAAUUUUGUUUGACUCUUUUAACAAAACAAAAGACAGCAGACUAAUGUCCUUAGUAUUAGAAUUAAGAUAAUCUGGAUUAUAUGACAUGUGUAUUCAUAGUUAGCUACAAAAUUAGUCUGAUGUUUUCUCUUUACGCUCAGUACUUUUAUCUUUUAAAGUUUUCUUGCAUAAAUGCAAUUUUUUUCUUUACAAAUCAUUUUCUGUAAUACUAUAAAAGGUCAACACUUAAUUUUUCUGUCACAUCUUUUAUCAUAUCACUUAAAAUUUUUCUACUUCUAUAUCAGGUAGGAGUGUUUCAUACUUAAGUGACAGAAGAUCCAAGUAGCAAUGGUUUUUCAAAUAGGGAUUUAUUUUUCUCAUAUAACAAAAAACCUAGAGGAGCUGGCAUUGGUUCCGUGACUCCACUUUACCAAGGUCUCUGAAAGUCUGUUAGCUUUUCCCUCACGGUAAGAUGGCCACUGCAGUGCGGAGCAGUGUGUCUGUAUUCAAGACAGAAAAGUGAGGGGAGGAGGCAGGGCCUCGCACAUCUGAUCCUUUUCUCAUAAAAGCAAAACCUUCUCCAGAAAUCCACAGCAGACUUGUGUUCAUCUGUUGGCCUUGAAUGUAUAAAAUCAUUACCUCUAGCUCCAAGAAGAAUGAGAAAUGAAAUUGUAAGCUUUUCCAAUCUUUCUAAAGGGAAAUGGAAAAGGAAAAGAGGAUUGGGAAUAAACGUGGAUCGGGCAACCAGUAGUUUUGCCACUAGUUAUAAA